AUGGCAUCGUCUUCGCAGACCCUCGUCAAGCUCGACUUCAAGGAGACUCUCAUCCAGCAGGGCAAACGCGAGACUACGGAUACCCUGCUCAAAAGAUUGAAGACUUUAAGGCAGAAGCUGUCUGUUCUUGAGCAGGAUGCCACCGACACGAAAACCCUGGAUCCUGUGAGGAAGCCGCUCAUCCAUCAAACAAUAUUACAUCACAAAGAUCGAGGAGUGCGAGUGUACGCUGCUUGCUGCCUGGCCGACUUGCUGAAAUUAUACGCACCGGAUGCGCCUUACAGCGAUGUCCAGCUCCGGGACAUCUUUCAAUUCUUCCAUACUCAAAUCACCCAGAACCUUCGCCCCACCACUUCUCAUGCGCGCCCGCAAGGAAAGAACAAAGCCCCCGACGCGUCCCAGACUACGCUCAACCAGCGAAUCACCGACAUUCCCUACUAUCCCGAUUAUUAUUACCUUAUCGAAAGUCUCGCGACGAUCAAGAGUAUUGUCUUGAUCUGUGACGUCCCUGGAGCGGAGGAACUCAUGGAUGGUUUCUUCAGCGGCUUCAUCGAGAUUGCGAGGCCGGAUAUGAGCAAGACGCUCAUGAGAUACAUGCGGGAUGUGCUGGUGUCGAUCAUCGAAGAAGCGAGUACGCUCCCGCAAGGGGUGAUGGACAGCAUCAUCAACGAAUUUGUGCAGCACUCUUCUAAACCAGAGACGCCCUCGUUCCAGCUUAUUGUCGACGUCUGCAACGAAGUUGCCGACAAGCUCAAGCAUCCCUUCUACGCCCACUUCUCCCAGAUUCAGCUCGACCAUGGUGUUGACCCCAGCCCCAACGACCUCAAGAUUCUCUCUCAAUCCCACGACCUUCUCCUCACCAUCAAUCGCUUCUGUCCUGAUACUCUCUUGCUAGCCGUCCCGCGUUUGGAGGAAAACUUGCAGGCGGCGGAUGAAGUCCCUCUUCGUUCGCUAUCCACUCGAACGUUGGGCCACUUGUUUACGCAACGAGCAGGGGCUGGUGGAGCCGGUACAAGUGGUGAUGACAAUCCGGCGAAGAAGUAUCCUUCGACAUGGAGGGCGUGGCUCACGAAGCAAGUGGACAAGGCAGUGCCUGUCAGGCUGGCUUGGGUGGAGACGACGAGGGGUAUCUUAGUAAAUCACCCCGCUGUCAGGCAGCAGCUGGAGGAGGCUAUGGUCGGCCGUCUGGCAGAUCCUGAUGAGAAAGUUAGGGGAACCAUGAGCAGAGUGUUGGGUUCGUUAGACUAUGAGACAGCUCUUCACCAUGUUCAGCCCAAGACGCUUCGAGCUCUGGGUGAUCGUAUACUCGACAAGAGGUCAUCAGUGCGAAGCGAAGCGUUGAACGCGUUGGCCAAAUUGUGGGAAUCAGCGUUCUCCGAGAUUGAGGCUGGUGACGAUGGAGCGAUCAAGCAGUUCGGGUGGAUUCCUCAAGCCAUCAUCGCUGCUAUCCUCAAGGGCGAACUUCCCAUGGACAUGAGGGCGCAAAUCAUCAGUGUCUUCAAAAAAUCCAUCCUCCCCCUGCCGGCGGACGGGGACGACGACGAAGAUUGGGUGGACAAGUUCUUGCUUGUCGCAUCUACAUUGGACGAGCAUGCGCAGAACGGUUUGGUCAAUCUGACAAACCUCAGAGGCAUCGCUGAAGGCACAUAUCCCUUCGCUGCUUUUGCCGAGUUCUGUGAAAAGUAUCAGGGUGGUAUGAGUGACAGUCCGACCGAUCUCAAACCUCAAAUGAACUAUCUUGUACAAGCUGUUUCCACCAAAGUCUUUGGUGACUCACAACAGGCUAGAAAACAUAUACAAGCCUUUGUCGAUCUGAAUGAGCCCAGGCUUUACAAGCUCUACAGGACAUGUGUCGACUUUUCCUCUAGUCUCGCUAACAUCAUCAAAGCUCGUAAUGAGUUCUUACGUCGAGUCCACCAAUCUCACGAAGACCUCCUCCCGGUUCUCACCGUAUUACUCGACAACUCUGCAUUCGAUCUCAUCAACCACUCCAGCAUUCCCACCUUACUCAAGCGUCUGCAAAAGCCGGAUUCCACCAAGCGUGCGGCUACAACUUCCCGUUUCCUUGUGGUCAUCGCAAAGGAAUGCGCGCCAAUGUACAAGACGCAUGUGGCGGAACUUGUUGCGUGUAUAUCGGACAAGAAGAACACGAAAUUGGUAGAGGUGGCAUUGCAAGGGCUGGCUGCUGUGAGCAAGGUUUGCCCGGAUGUGGCACCUAAUGAGAGUCGACUUAUUGAGAGGGUCAUCAAACUUGGUCAUGAGGGCACCUAUCGACAGGGAAAGUUCGCCGCCCGUUUCCUCGGCAAGAUUCAGAACUCUGACCUCAACUGUGGCAAAUUGAUCGACGCCAUCUUGAAAGCCAUCGACUAUACGGAGGAAGGGGCGUAUGAAAAACACCUGACCUAUCUUACCGCCUUCACCGAACUUGCUCGAGCGUCUCCCAAGACUUUCACCGCCAAGGUCAAAGAAAUCAUCAAGUAUGUCUUGGACGAAAUAAUGCUCCAACCGUCCCCGUCACAAGAAGUGGAUGGAGAUGAGUGGGUGAACAUCGACGAGUUGGAGUCCCUCGACCACGCAAAGAUUAUCGGCCUGCGACUCUUCACAAGCUACUGCCUGACAUUCGUCAAGGAUCCAGAGGCCGAAGAGCUGCUCAAACCGGCACUCAAUUUGUUGACAUCGGUCCUGGGUAAUGACGGUAUGGUCGACCAGAAUACUGCAGAAGGUGGCCCAGCUAGGUGUCACAUGCGUUUGCGAGCUGCGCUCUGCCUUCACAAACUGGCCCAAGCACCAAGAUUCGAAAAGAUCAUCACUGCCCCUGACAACUUUGAGCUUAUGGGUGGUUGUGUCCAGGAUCCUUGCUUCAUGGUUCGAAACAUAUGGUUGAAAAAACUACAAAAGAACCUGAAGUACCAGACUAUCUCUCCCAAAUGGAAUAUCAUUCCGGCAUUGGCAGCCAUGGAUCCUGAUCAAGACAACAUCAUCAUUGCGAAGUCUAUCCUUACAAAUAUACCCCGACGCUGUAAACAGAAACCUGCCGAUGUUCGGAUACAACAUAUCGAACUUCCUUUCUCUCGACUGAUACUCCACCUCGCUCAUCAUCCGGACCUCAGAUGGCACGAAGCCGACGAGGAUGAAGAAGACAACGAGGACGAUGAAGACGACGAUGAAGCGGAGAAGAAGCCAAAAGUCAAGGAAGGCAUUACUGAUAUCCAGAAUUUGAAAGAGAUUGCUAGGUUCAUCGAACUUUACCUCGACUGCCUAUCUCACAAAGACAACAUCGGUCUCUUCUACUACAUCGCCGGGCAAAUCAAAUCCUUCCGCGAUAGAUUUCGAGAGAACAACAAACCUCUCUAUGCCCUUUCCGAGCUUGCGCAACUAAUCAUUCGUAAUCGGGCCGAGAAACAUCAAUGGCCCUUACAGGUCUACAACAACCGGAUCGCGCUGCCCAAGGACUUGUUCCAUAGGCCGGAUAACCCAGAAGAGAGAGCCAAAACACAAAAGACGCAGUUCUUGAGCGAGGAGGCGAGAGCCUGGGCGAAGUCGCUCGGGAAAAGGGCUAUCGGAGGGCUGAACGUUCGUCGACCAACCGACUCGAACGCAUCCCCUCGUAAACGGCACCAGACCGCUCGAAAAGUUGGAGCCCCUCGCAAGAAGCGGCGUGUCGACACAUCUGAUGAAGACUCGGACGGCUCGUCCAGUGUCUCAGAGUCCGAUGUAGAGACCAUUGUUGGCGACGUUGCCCAGGAGUCUGGUGACGAUGAGGAUGACGAGGCCGUGAUGGGCCGCGGGGGCCGGAGGGGAGCGAAGACGAAAGCGAAAAAGAUUGUCAAUAAGAAGAAGAACAAGGCGGGGAAGAAGUCUGAAGGGGCAAACGCGAAGAGCGACCAGAUGGACAUUGAUGGCUCAUCGUAG